GAUCCGUCUCUUGUUCGCAGGUUUCCUGGUCAGUGCGUCUGAUGCUCGAGUCGGAGUCACGUCUCUGUGGAUAAUCUCAUCGAGCUGUUCUUCUGAAUACAUCGAUAUGAAGGCGCUAACGGGGCUGCUGCUGUUGGUCUUUGGUCACGGUGUGUCCCCAGUGCUUCACUCUCUGCAUUAUGUCUACACGGCGUCGUCUGGACUCUCAACCUUCCCAGAGUUUGUUGCUGUUGGGAUGGUGGAUGGAGUUCAGAUGCUUCACUUUGACAAACAGUCAAAAACAGUCCUCAAACAGGACUGGAUGGAGCAGCUCACCAGAGAUGACGCCGAAUACCUGGAGAGUAGCAAUGGACUCUCUCUGCGUUCCCAACAGACCUUCAAAGACGACAUUGGGAUUCUGAAGCAGCGCUUUAACCAGACAGGAGGUGCCCACAUAUUUCAGAAGAUGUAUGGUUGUGAGUGGGAUGAUGAUGAUGAUGAUUCUAUUGAUGGUUAUGAGCAGUAUGGUUAUGAUGGAGAGGACUUCAUAUCGUUGGACCUGAAGACCCUGACCUGGGUCGCUGCAGUACCUCAGGCUUUCCCCACCAAACAGAGAUGGAAUCAGGAAAAAGGUUAUAAUGAACAGCAGAAGAACUACUUCAACAAGGAGUGUGUUGAUUGGCUGAAGAAGUACCUGUCCUAUGGGAAGAGCACACUGCAGAGAACAGAGCGUCCGCGGGUGUCUCUGCUCCAGAGGAGCCCCUCCUCCCCAGUGGUGUGCCAUGCUACAGGCUUCUACCCUGACAGGGUGGUGGUGUUCUGGAGGAGAGACGGCCAGGAGCUCCAUGAGCAGGUGGACCCCGGGGAGGUCCUCCCCAACCACGACGGGACCUUCCAGGUCAGCGUGGACCUGGACCUCACGGCCGUCCCACAGGAGGACUGGGGGAGGUACGAGUGUGUGGUCCAGCUAAAAGGCAUCGAGGACAUCUCCACCCCCCUGGACCCCGCCCUCAUCAGGACCAACUGGGUGUACAUGAGUGGCCUCACCAUCCCCAUCAUCAUUGGGUUCGUUGUUCUCCUCCUCGUUGCUGCUGCUGUUGUUGGAGUCCUUCUGUACAAGAAGAGGAACGCUUCAGACCAGCGACACAAACCAGUUGGUUCUGACAGCAGCUCUGAGAACACUGAGGGGCAGAAUCCGGCUCCUGAGGCCCAACCUCUGACCACAGGUUAAAGUUAAAUCAUGAAGAGGCUUCUCACGUUCAGCUUCCUAAAGCAGGAUGGAGUGGAUCGCUGUUCAUCUAUAAUCAUCACAAUCAGGCUUGGGGCUUCAGCUAACUAAAGAUGCUACAUUUGCUAAAUUACAACUCCCCAAGCAAUGUUAUACUUACAAGGAGCAAGUAAGUUACAUAUUAAUUUAGUCUUUCGGCCUGUAGCAUAUAAACAAAAUGAAGCAUAAUCCUAACUGCAUUUGAAGUAGACAUUGAGACUCACAAAAAAUGGACGCUAUAGGACAGUGAUCAUGAUUUGUCUCAAUAUCAGAUUAACAACAAUGGGUCAAAUAGCAAUGGCUGGUGGAAUGGCCAUGAAGUAGGUCUGUAUAUGCAGUGUAAGCUUGUCCAGGCCCUGCAAGUCAGGAUGUAGGCUAUGAGUCUGAAUGAAUAGUAGGUAAAUAGGUAGUGGCCAUCCCCCGAAAUGCACCAGAAUACAGGAAAUCUAAUCU